AUGCUACUCCUGAGUUUUUCUUCUCCUAAAGACCAAUCCUCCUAUGUUCUCGAGUUUGGUCAAUUGAUCUUUGCUUCAUCCCGCCAAUCCGACCUUAUUCAGGACAUUCGACGCCUCACUCAGACUUCAUCUCAACAUGCCCCCAGUCCCCCUUUUCCGCCUGCAAUGUGGUGUCAACAGCUAUGACUGGGGCAAAAUUGGAAACGAUUCUGCUGCCGCCAAGUAUGCUGCCGCCACACCCUCAGACUCGUUCACCAUCCAGGAGAGCAAGCCAUAUGCCGAGCUAUGGAUGGGCACACACCCUUCCCUACCCUCCAAGGACCUGGAGACUGGUCGGUCCUUGAUCGACCUGGUCACUGAUAACCAACAACUUCUCGGCGGAGACAUUGCGGCCAAGUACAAGAACAAAUUACCGUUCCUCUUCAAAGUCCUUUCCAUCAACAAGGCACUCUCCAUCCAGGCUCAUCCCAACAAAAAGUUGGCGGAGCAGCUCCAUGCAAAGGACCCCAAAAACUACCCUGAUGACAACCAUAAGCCUGAAAUGACCUUGGCCAUUACUCCCUUUGAGGGUCUUUGUGGCUUCCGGCCCCUCAAGGAGAUCGCUCAUUUCCUCGCCACCAUUGCUCCUCUUCGUGAACUCGUCGGAGAAGCGGAUGCAAAGGCCCUUGAAGAGGUAGCCCAACAGUCCUCUCCCAACCUGGAAGACGCCAAAUCUCGACUCAAGGCAGCCUUCAGCCAUUUGAUGAAAUCUGACCGCUCACUGGUGGCCUCCAAGUCAAAAGACUUGGUCGCCCUGGCCGAGUCUGGCUCCAUCACCCCUGGGCCUUCAGUCAACACCAGCGAAGAGCUUUGCGAACUUGUUCAACGUUGCAAUGGCCAGUUCCCUGCCGAUAUUGGCUUGUUUGUUCUGUUCUUCCUCAACUUUGUCAAGCUCAAUCCAGGGCAAGCUAUGUAUCUCAAGGCCGACGAUAUCCAUGCAUACAUCUCUGGUGAUAUCAUCGAGUGCAUGGCCAGCAGUGACAAUGUGAUCCGAUCAGGCUUCACCCCCAAAUUCCAGGAUGUCAACACACUGACGGAUAUCUUGACCUAUGACCACGAUCCUCCUGAACAACAACUUCUCCAGCCUGUCGACUACGCUUAUGCCACACUCAACUCGACCGCCUACAGCUCCAACAGCUCAGCCUUGCUGUAUGACCCGCCCAUUGAGGAAUUCAGUGUCGUGCGGUCAGCUUUGAACAAGCCUGGUGCCAAGGUGACAUUUGAAGCAAUCGACGGACCCAGCAUUGUCAUUGCCACAAGUGGUGAGGGUUUCAUCAGUGUUGGCCCGAAAAAGGAACCAAUCAAACAAGGCUGGGUCUACUUUAUCGGUGCCACCGCCGAGCUGGUCAUUGAAAGUACUUCGGACGAGCUUGUCACCUUCAAAGCCUUCACCGAGAUUGGCGAUGCCAAACACAACGCGUCAUCACAUUGACUAGCCGAACGGGAUUCAAAAGGUCCAAAUUUGUGAGAUAGGGGACAUGAUGAAGAGCAUCACAUUAUCUACUUGGUGCACGUCGAGAAGAUUGACGAACAAGUGGCUCUUUCUAGAUUGCAGGACGCUAUAUUGUGGAUGGACUAGACAGCGUAUACGUAUAUGCAGGAAUUCCCUUGCUUCCUCUCGUAGAGUUUUCAUCUUCAUCUGAAGCAUAGAGUUCUUAGGACACGAUUAGACGAUUCAACGCAAUUGUAUCACGUGGUUAUUUUGA